AAAAAAUCUGAAGACAGCGAUAAAAAGUCGAGGGCGUGAAGCCGUAAACAUCGCAAAGGGAAAAGCCGUUAAUCGAAUAAAGACGUACGCUCAAACAGGAAGUGGAAAACGGAAAACAAAGAGAAACGCAUCAAUUAACAGGAAAAGUCGUCCCAAGAGACGCAAAACGACUAAAAAGAGAAAAGCAUCAACAUCCACAGCCAGAAGCAGACAGACCAAGAAGCGGAGAACAACUCGUGCAGAAGAUAUAUUUGGUUAAACAUGAAUUUUGUGCAUUCAAAAUCUCCUGAAGGAAUGAAAAGUGAACUUGAUUUAUUUGGAAUACCAUCAACACAAGUUGGAUUGGAAAAAGGACAUUGGAUCGAUCAUCAACCGGUAUCCAGUGUAGAAGACGGUGGUCCAAUCACAUUUCUGUGUCCAGGAACUGAUGAUUACGUUGACUUGUCGAAAACGAUUCUUGUAGUGAGAGCAAAAGUGACAAAGGCUAAUGGGCAAGAUCUUGACGCAGACGAAAGAGUCGGAGUUGUAAACAAUUUUCUGCACAGCCUUUUCAAACAAGUUGACGUCUUUUUGAAAGAAAAGCAAGUGACACAAGCUACUGGAACGUAUGCAUACCGUGCGUAUUUGGAGACGCUGCUUAAUUUCGGGAUUGGUGCUAAGCAAUCCCAACUCACCGCGGCUUUGUUUUAUAAAGAUACAGCAGGAAAAUUUGAUGUGUCCAAUCCUGCAAUAGCGGUUGCUGCUAACACCAACUAUGGUCUUAAAAAGAGAUAUGAAUUUGAUGUGUUCUUUUCAGAACGUCUCCUGUUAAGCUUUGUAGACCUAAAAGUUAUUCUGAAUCGCAAUAUUAACGAGUUUUGUUUGAUGGCUUCUGAAGAUGAUGCGGAUUACAGAGUAAAAUUGAUGGAUGUUUAUCUGAAAAUACGUAAGGUGAAAAUUAGCCCAACCAUUUCCAUGGCCCAUGAGAUUGCAUUGAAAAAAGGUCCUGCUAUCUAUCCUAUCCGUCGUGUUGAAUGUAAAAGUUUCAUUAUUCCAGCUGGAAAUCCCUCCCUAAGAAAAGAUAACAUUUUCAACGGACUUGUCCCGAAAUCAUUUGUUUGUGGCUUGGUCGAAAGUGCGGGAUUCAAUGGCGCGUACAAACAAAAUCCAUUCAACUUUCAACAUUUUGACAUGUCCUUUAUUGGAGCGUCUGUGAAUGGCGAAGAAGUACCCUUGAAAGGCAUGCAACUUUCCUUUGCCGGUGCAAAUCCUAGAUAUAUUGAAGCAUUUUACACAAUGUUCUCUGGCACGGGAAAGAUGAACUACAACACUGGAAAUGAUAUCUCACGCGAUGAAUACAUAGGAGGAAACGUGCUUUUUGCAUUGGAUUUGACACCAGACAUGUGUGGUAGUUCAACGCACUUUAAUGCUGUUCAGAAAGGAAAUUUCGCAGUUGACGUCAAGUUCUCUCGUGCGCCGGCAGCAGCUGUGAGUCUUGUCUGUUAUGCAGAAUUCGAAAACCUGAUACAGAUUGACGGUGAGAGAAACGUCAUAUAUGACUAUACCGGCUAGAUGAAUACCGGACAGAUAGCUCGCGCAUUGGAACAAGACUCUUUGACAAGUAAAACAUUUUGCGGUGUGUUUCCAAGUGAUAAAUUACCUGAAAAAAUUGAAAAUUAUCCUUGCGGUUUUGUUGCAAACACAGAUCCAAGCACUGAACCUGGAACGCACUGGGUGGCCUUUUACUUUCCAUCAGAACACAACGGAGAAUUUUUUGACAGUUAUGGGCAACCGCCGGAAUUCUACUCAUUUGGGGACAUUUUCAAGGGAUAUUCUUAUGAAUUUAACAAUCGCAAACUGCAAAGCAAUUGGUCGGAUGUUUGUGGUCAAUAUUGCAUAUUCUAUCUAAGUCAUAGGGCACGUGGACAUAGCAUGAAUAAGAUUGUUCAGUUAUUUAGUAAAAAUACAUUGUUAAAUGAUGAAAAAGUAUCUCAUUUUGUUAAAAAUAAUUUUAAAGUAAUGUUGAAAGAAUCAAAUGCUGUAGAACAACAAAGUAAAAAGUUGUUUAAAUAAAUGUUG